ACAGGUGAAAGUUGGUAUUAAUGAAUAAACAUAGGAGUAAAAUGUUAUAUUUAAAAAAAAACAACAGGUGAAAGUUGGUAUUAAUGAAUAAACAUAGGAGUAAAAUGUUAUAUUUAAAAAAAAACGAACCCUAAUUCACUCUUUCUUCCUUCGUGCGCCACUCUCUCUCUCUCUCCCUCUUUUUCCUCUCGGCCUAAUCUUUUACAGUCGUCGCUCUGGUCAUCAUCAACAUCAGCAUCGUCUUCUUCUUUCAGGCUCUCAUCUCACACACUCGCACUUUUCUUCUUCAAGUCUCAUCUCACCCUCUCGCGACCUCUGUCUGUCACGAUCCCCCACGCGCCAAUCUGAUCGCUGACCCGCAAACGGACCCAGCUACUUGCCACCGUCGCCACCAGUUUGCCGCCAGUUCGCAACCAGCUCGCCACCGUCGGCUAUACGGGCAUCGGGGUCUUGCCCAAUGAAAAGCAGCAUAUUUUUUGGCAUGGAUAAAAGUUGUCUACUUGGGUUGUGAGAUUCUGUUGAGUUUCUGAAAAUGGAUAACUCCAAAAAUAGGCAGAAUGACCAUUUGGGUGUGAAUAAAUUGGGGAAGAAUAUAAGGAAGAGUCCACUACACCAACCCAACUUUAAUAACAAUGCUACCAGACAACAGCCUCAGCCUCAGGUUUACAACAUAAGUAAGAAUGAUUUUCGCAACAUUGUUCAGCAGCUCACUGGUUCCCCAUCACAAGACCCUUUGCCUAGACCUCCCCAUAAUCCACCAAAACCACAAAGUAUGCGGUUGCAAAAGAUUCGACCUCCCCCUUUAACACCAAUUAAUCGCCCCCCCCUUAUCCCUCCUCCUGUACCUAUGUCGGUUGCUCCUCCCCCAGUUUCAUACAACAAUAGCUUUGUUAGGCCUCCUCAAUUCGGACAACUACAGUCUCCAAUGCCAUUGCAGCCAUUGACACCUGGGGAUACAGUUUGGGCUAAUACAGCUGAAUCUCCCAUCACAGCAUACAUGAAAUAUCUUCAAAAUUCAUUCCUAGACCCAUCUCCUAGGGGAAACUUUGGUCAGUCACAUCCACAUCAACAUCAACAUCAACAACCACCUCCACCUGGUCAACCUCAGACACAGCAACCAGGGCUACUUCCCAACCCCUCAAUGCCUCAUGCUUUCCCUUCCCCAAGAAUGAGUGGCCCUCUACCACCACCACCCGUGCAUAAUUUCCCUUCACCGCAAUUUGGUGGUCCUCCUCUUUUACCCUCUCCAACUUCACAGUUUCUACUCCCGUCCCCAACCGGUUACUUCAAUUUGUUGUCACCACGUUCCCCCUACCCAUUGCUUUCUCCGGGGAUGCAAUUUCCACCCUUGACCCCUAAUUUUGCAUUUAGCCCGAUGGGUCAAACCGGGAUAUUAGGUCCAGGUCCUCAACCUCCACCUUCUCCUGGCCUUGUUUUUCCCUUGUCGCCAUCAGGUUUUUUUCCCAUCUCAAGUCCAAGAUGGAGGGAUCAAUAGUUGUCACAACAAUUGUCAUCUUUGGGAAGCACUUAUUCACGAGAUAGUUCCUUGUGUGGGUGAAUAGUUCGCAAGAGCUUCUUUAAAAAAAUUGUAAUGUAAACUUGUGGAUUAAACCAACUUUUCUAUUUCUAGUGUCCAUUUCUCCCCAUUUUCAUCUGAUUUUGUUGACAACCUUAGUGCAGCUGUUUUGAAUUUUGGAUAUGGUAGGAACUGCUGUCCUUUUAUUUUUGUACAAGAUUCACAGUGUACACAAUGUAGUGGGAUCAGACAACUCAUCUGAACAAUUGGACAGGAGAUGUAACAUGAAAGGAGAUAGGAUUACAGGCAUUAUAAUUUCUAGCCUUAUAGAAAAAUUCUUGUAUUUUUGCAUUAUGCUGUAUCAAUUCAUAGUUGGAAGUGAAUUAAUUCUUCAUGUAACGGGCAUGUGAAAAGAAAUCUAAUGGUAGCUUCAUUAUGUU